AUGGAGGCGGCGGCGGCUGCGGAGGGCGAAAAUGAUGUCGACAGCAGCUGCGGAGAUUUAUGCCUCCUGGACAAAGGCCUGCAGAGCUUAUCAGAAUUGUCUUUAGAUUCAACCCUUCAUACCAUCAAUCUUCACUGCAAUAAUAUUUCAAAAAUCAAAGCCAUUGAUCAUAUUUGGAAUUUACAACAUUUAGAUCUAUCAUCUAAUCAAAUAAGUCAAAUAGAAGGACUAAGCACAUUGACAAAUCUAUGCACUUUGAAUUUGGCCUGCAAUUUGAUCACAAGAAUAGAAGGACUUGAAGAACUAGUUAAUCUGACCACACUGAAUUUAUCCUAUAACAGAAUAAAUGAUCUUAGUGGGUUGAUCCCACUUCAUGGAAUUAAGCACAAACUUAGACAUAUUGACUUACAUGGUAAUUGCAUAGAUAGUAUCCAUCACUUACUACAGUGUAUGAUAGGAUUACACUUCCUGACUAAUCUUAUUUUGGAAAAAAAUGGAGAUGAUAAUCCUGUCUGUCAUAUUCCAGGGUACAGAGCAAUCAUUCUGCAGACUUUGCCACAGCUUAGAAUCCUGGAUUGUAAGAACAUAUUUGGUGAACCAGUUGAUUUGUCAGAAAUAAAUUUAUCCCACUUACAGUGUUUAGAAGGUCUCUUGGAUAAUUUAGUUUCUUCUGAUUGUCCCCUCGUAAGUGAAGAAGAGGUACGAGAUAGUACGCCGGUGGUAAUGCCAAACAUCGAUCAACAAGUACCUGUGGAUCAGUUUACAUGUACACCAACAGACACUGUCUUGACGUCCAUUGAUUCAGUGUGUCCAUCUUCUGAGCCAGAGAAAAUUAAUCAUGAAAACGAUUUUCAAAAUGAGAUAAAACUUCUGAAAAUAGAGGAUCAAAUUUCUCAGCUUCUCAAUGAUACAUCAAAGUCUUUAACAGAUAAUGUUCCUGAGAAAGACUUUAGACCAAAAAGAGACACUGAUGUGACAUCUGAAAGUGACUGUGGAAACAGAAAAGAAAUCAACAGAAAAAUUUCUCGAAGAUCAAAAAUCCCAUGUUAUUCUAAAACUACUCAAACUAUUAAGCACCACAAUAAAAAUGGCUCUUUUGUAAGUUGUAAUCGUAAAAUAAAACCACCGUACUUUAAAGACUUAUAUAUAAGAGCAUCAUUCGUGAAUUCUAAUACAGUAACAGAACCGGAAGAACAAAAGACUGAAAUAAUUAAAAUGGACAAAAGUAGCUCAGAAGACACCACUUAUCGGUGCCUUGUUGAACAGCUAGACCAAGAGCGAGAGAGGAGAUGGAAAGCUCAACAAACAGAAAAGAAACUUAUUGAUUAUAUUAGUGAACUGCAUAAGCAUGCAAAAGAAAAUAAAGAUGUUCAUAGCCUGGCUCUUCUUACUACAGACAGGCUAAAGGAAAUUAUUUUUAAAGAGAGAAAUUCCAAAGUACAACUUGAAGUUAUGGUUCACACCCUCCAGAGUGAAAUUAAAAAACUAACUAUUGAAUUACUUAAAGCAAGAGAUCAACAAGAGGGCCACAUUAGAGACUUAAGAACCCUGGAAAAAGCACUAGAGAAAUUGGAAAGGCAAAAACUUUAUCAGCAAGCAGCACAGAGAAGACUUAUUCAAGAAGUAGAGCUCAAAACUUCAGCUGCUAAUCGAGAAAUAAACUUACUCAGAGCUUCACUUCAUCAAGAAAAGGAAAAAAUGCAACAGCUUCAUGAACUUUUUGCAUUGAAAGAACAAGAACAUAGGAAAGAGCUUGAAACAAGGGAGUUUUUUAGUGAAUCGGAAUUCCGCAAUGCUUUAGCUAAAGAAAUAGCCAAACAAGAGAGCAAACAUGAACAAGAUAUAAAAGGAUACCAAGAAAAAAUUGACAUGUUAAUUCAGCAGUACAUGGAUUUAGAAGAUGAAUUCCGCAUUGCCUUAACAGUUGAAGCAAAAAGAUUUAAAGAUGUUAAAGAUGGCUUUGAAAAUAUUGCAACUGAAUUAGCAAAGAGCAAACAUGCUCUUGUUUGGGCUCAACGGAAAGAAAAUGAGUCUUCCUCUUUAAUUAAAGAUCUGACCUCAAUGGUGAAAGAGCAAAAAACAAAGCUUGAAGAAGUGUCCAAAUCAAAACAAGAAACAGCAGCAAAUUUACAAAAUCAAAUGAACACUCUUGAACUUUUAAUUGAAGAUGACAAACAGAAGAGUAUUCAAAUAGAACUUCUCAAGCAAGAAAAAGUCCAGCUUAUUUCUGAGCUAGCUGCCAAGGAAUCACUAAUUCAUGGCUUACGGACAGAAAGGAAAGUGUGGGGACAUGAGCUGGCACAACAAGGAGCUUCUAUGGCCCAAAAUUAUGGAAAUUUAGAGGCUAAAAUUGAAAGUUUAUGUAGAGAGAAUGAAUCUCUUCGAAAGACAAAUGAACGUGAUUGUGAUGCUUUAAGAAUUAAGAGCAAAAUCAUAGAUGAUCAAACUGAAACCAUUAGAAAAUUAAAAACCUGUUUACAAGAAAGAGAUGAUGACAUCAAAACAUUACAAGAGAAGAUCUCUGAAAUUCAAAAAUGUACUCAAGAACAACUCGAGGAAAAAUCUUCACAACUGGAUAUUGUAAUUGAGAAACUAGAAAGAAACAAUGAGAGGAAAGGAAAACUAAAACAACAGUUGAAAGAAAGGGAAGAAGAACUUGAAGAAAUUAAAUGUGCUUACAGUUCACUUAAUCAGAAGUGGCUAGAUAAAGGAGAACUUCUGUGUCAUCUUGAAACCCAAGUAAAAGAAGUAAAAGAAAAAUUUGAGAACAAGGAAAGAAAACUUAAAGAAGAAAGAGACAAGAGUAUUGAAAUACAAAAGAGUACAUUAGAAAAGCUACAUAGUAUGGACGAUGCCUUUAAAAAACAAGUUGAUGCAAUUGUUGUAGCUCAUCAAGCUGAACUAUUACAACUGUCAAAUGAAAAGCAAAAAUGCAUUGAAACUGCAAAUGAAAAGGUUUUCCAAGUUGAAGAAGAAAUGCGAGGGCUUCUGGAAGAAACAUCCAAAAACAAAAAAGCAAUGGAAGAAAAAAUUAAGCAACUUGCUUGUGCUUUAAGUGAAAUUCAACAAGAAUUAUGA